AUGACUGCAGGGCUGUGUGUGUGUGUCGUGCUGGCAGUCCUGUGCACGAGCUGUUUGGGGCUCCCCUUCUCUUCUCAGCCCCUAGAUGAGGGCCAGCGCUCCGUCUCGGCUGCCUCUGAAGUUCGCCUUGAGGCUGACACCCACACCCUGGGGGAGCCCCACCUUCGACACAGCCGCUCUGCACCCCAGAUGAAAGCUCUUCCUCCGGCUGAGGAGGAUGCAGACUCCCGGGCCAACCUCAGUGAGCUGCUGGCAAGACUUAUCUCAUCCAGGAAAGGUUCUGUGCGUAGAAACUCUGCGGUGAACAACAGAGGCAGUGCGCUGAGUGCCAACCACCGGAUAGCAGACAGGGACUACUUGGGCUGGAUGGAUUUCGGCCGCCGCAGCGCAGAGGAGUAUGAGUACUCCUCGUAAGGGCUCCUACCCCUCCCUAUGGGCACAUGAGAAAAAGAGAAAAAAAAAAAAAACCCAUGCAAGCUGGCCCCUCACUGUCUCACAAUAAGAGUCUAUUUAGGAUGUUUUUGUUGUACAUUUGUUUGUAAAACUGUAACAAUGCAAUAUACAUAUGCCAAAUUUUGCAGAAAAGCUCUCACUGUCCACAAUUUGUUUGUUUCUGGUUUUCUCUGGUUUCUUUAUCAUUUCUGGGUGGAAAGGAUCGGUAUGGUGACAGGGUCUGUUGAG